CAUCAUCAAACUCUUAUUAUUAUUUGAAAAAAAAAAAAAAAAAAAUCUCCGCUCCUAACUCUUUGGGGGAAAUGGCGAGUGGUGGUGGGGCGGAGCGCGACAUCGACGAGCUCCCCAAGAACGCGGCCAAUUACACGGCGCUCACCCCGCUCUGGUUCCUGGACCGGGCCGCGCUGGUUCACCCGAACCGCCCCUCCGUAAUCCACGGCCCGGUCCGGUUCACCUGGGCCGACACCUACCGCCGAUGCCGCCGCCUCGCCUCCGCCCUCGCCACCCGUUCGAUCGGACCCGGAUCCACCGUAGCUGUGAUCGCUCCUAAUGUACCAGCUAUGUACGAAGCGCAUUUCGGAGUCCCUAUGGCUGGAGCAGCAGUAAAUUGCGUGAACGUUCGUCUAAAUGCUUCCACAAUCGCGUUCCUCCUAGACCACUCUUCAGCUGAGGUUGUGAUGGUGGACCAAGAAUUCUUUUCUUUAGCAGAGGAAUCCUUGCAAAUAAUAUCGAACAAAAAGAAGAACUCCUUCAAACCCCCACUUUUAAUCGUGGUAGGCGAUCAAACCUGCGAUCCAAAAUCUCUUCACUAUGCGCUGAGUAAAGGAGCCAUCGAAUAUGAGAAGUUCUUAGAAAGUGGAGACCCUGACUAUAAUUGGAAGCCGCCAAAGGAUGAGUGGCAGAGUAUAGCUCUGGGUUACACUUCGGGUACUACUUCGAGCCCGAAGGGUGUGGUGUUGCACCAUAGAGGUGCUUAUCUUAUGGCUCUUAGCGGCCCUCUAAUAUGGGGAAUGACUGAAGGGCCCAUUUACUUGUGGACUCUGCCUAUGUUUCAUUGUAACGGUUGGUGCUUCACCUGGGCUCUCGCUGCUCUUUGUGGAACAAGCAUAUGUCUCCGUCAGGUCACGGCCAAGGCCAUCUACUCUGCCAUAGCCAACCAGGGAGUCACUCACUUCUGCGCUGCCCCCGUGGUCCUCAACUCCAUCGUCAAUGCCCCUCCGAGCGAUGCCGUCCGCCCUCUCCCACGCACCGUCCACGUCAUGACGGCGGGGGCUGCCCCACCCCCUGCUCUCCUCGCCGCCAUGUCCAACCUUGGCUUCUGCAUCACCCACACCUACGGCCUAACCGAGACCUACGGCCCUUCAACCGUCUGUGCGUGGAAGCCCGAGUGGGACAACAUGCCAGUUGAAGAACGAGCCCGCCUCCACGCCCGCCAAGGUGUUCGUUACGUUGGCUUGGAAGGUUUGGAGAUCGUUGACCCGAAAACAAUGACCCCCGUCCCUGCAGAUGGCACCACGCUUGGCGAGAUUGUCAUGAGGGGCAAUUUGGUCAUGAAAGGCUAUUUGAAGAACCCUGAGGCCAAUGAAGAAGCCUUUGCAAAUGGAUGGUACCACUCGGGAGACCUCGGCGUGAAGCACAAGGACAAUUACAUAGAGGUCAAGGACCGGUCGAAGGAUAUCAUCAUCUCAGGCGGGGAGAACAUCAGUAGCGUGGAGGUGGAGAACGUGUUGUACUGGCACCCUGCGGUGCUCGAGGCGUCGGUGGUGGCCCGGGCCGACGAACGGUGGGGGGAGUCUCCUUGUGCGUUUGUGGCUUUAAAAGACGGUGUGGAUCGGUCCAAUGAGAAGGCAUUGGCAGAGGAGAUUAUGAAGUUUUGUCGGGAGAAGAUGCCGGCAUACUGGGUUCCGAAAUCGCUAGUCUUCGGGCAGCUGCCAAAGACGGCAACGGGGAAGAUAAAGAAGAAUGAGUUGAGGGCUAGAGCUAAAGAAAUGGGCCCAGUUAGGAAGAGUAGAAUGUGAGUUAUCUGCUGUAGUUAUCUCUGUUCUUUUUCUUCUUUUUUUUUUUUCUCUCCUCAUAUAGUUGUCUUAAGGGUUCAUUUUAUUGUUGUUGUUGUUGUUGUUGCUGAACAUAAAGAAGGGACUUGUAUUGGUUUAUGUGGGCCUAAGAUUGAGACAUAUUUCGUGAGAUAAAUUAAUGUCUAAUAUGCUAGAUGAGUUUUCAAUAGAACAAUGUAAGAUAA